UCCUCCCUCUCCUCCUCCUCCUCUCCUCCUCCUCGCUCAAGCCGCAGGGCGGGCAGCUGGCCCGGCCGAGAUUUUCCGCGGCCCCGGGGGCCCCGCCCCAAAAUCCCCCGGUGCCUCUGCGCCGCUGCCUUUUCCGCCGGCGGCAUGGCGGUGACCGGGGUGCUGGGCGAGUCCGCAGAGAGCCGGCGACGGCACGACGCCGAUGCCAAGGGAGGAGAGCGCGCCUGGCGGCACGCCACUGGGUGGUCGCUCUGGUCUUCUUCAGCAGGGUGAGCCAGACGGUCCUCCGCAUGGCCAUGGGGGCCCUCGUCAUCCCCCUCUGCGAGGACAUGCGGUGCGGCGCGGGGGCGAAGGGCUGGCUCCUCUCUGCCCACGCGGCGGGGUACUGCUCGACGCAGGUGCUCGGCGGCUGCCUGGCCGACCGCCUGGGUGGCAAGGAGCGUGGUCUCGUGGGCGCUGGGUCUCUCGGGCCUCGCGGUGGCGGCGACGCCUGCUGCUGCGUCGGCCUUCGGGCUCGGAGGCAUCGCCGCCUGCCAGGUCGCCAUGGGAGUGACCAUGGGCCCGCUCUUCCCCGCAAGCAUCCAGCUGCUCGCGCAGUGGCUCCCCGCCGAGGAGAGCGGGCCGUGGCAAGCACGGCGCUAGACUCUGGCAUCACCCUGGGCUCUCUGAUCGUGGUUCCGCUGUCGGGAGUGCUCGCAGUCUGGAUUGGCUGGAGAUCUACGUUCACGGUCUACGGCCUGGGCAUGCUGGCGUACGCCCUCGUCUGGGCGUGGCUGGCUGCCGACAGCCCGGCCGGCUGCGCAUACUGCAGCGCCGAGGAGCGGAGUUUCUUGGAGCGGGCUUUGCCGAAGAAGGACGGGCAGAAGGAGCUGGACACACCUUCGGGGAAGUGGAGGUUCCUCGAUUGCGUCACCUACGCGCGGCUGUGGGCCAUCUAUGGGUCGCAUUUCACAUUCAACUACGCUGUUUACUUCGUCAACAGCUGGUCUGCAACGUACUACCUCGAGACGUUCGGCCUCCGCCCCGAGCAGGCCGGGCUGCAUCUCUCGAUGCCGCACGUGGCAAACUCGUUGGUGAAAGUGCUAGUGAACCCAGCCUUAGAGCGCUGGAUGAAGGGCUGGGGGGCCGAUACGCUAAAAUGCCGCAGGACCUUCAGCGUCCUCGGCUUUGUGGGGCUGGCGCUCUUCCUCGGGCUGGUUCCCGCCUGCGCCAGCCCGGCUGGGGCGACGCUGUUCUUCUCCGUGGCGUUCGGAUUCCUGGCCCUGCACCCGAGCGGCUUCAAGGCGAACUACAUGGACGUCACCACCAGCCGCGGCGGCCUGGUCAGCGGGAUAGGGAACACCGUCGGCAGCGCAGGCUCCACCGUGGGGCCGCUGGUGGUGGCGCACCUGCGCGACGCGACCGGCGGCUGGGCCGCGGCGUUCCAGUCGGUGGCGCUGCUCAACGUGGCAUCGGCGGUCCUGUUCUUGACCAUGUCCUCGACGGUGCCGAUCGAGGCCCCGAGCCGGAGCCCCGAAGGCGCCAAGAAGAGGGAGUAGAGCCGCGGGCGAGGGAGCCCUCCCCCCCCACGCGAGCCGCUCUGCCGGGGUGCUGCGGCCAGGGCGGACCCCGAGCGGGGCUCUGCCACGCGCGCGCGGCCUGCGCCGCGGGCGGCCGACCUGCCGAGCAGCUCUUUUGGUCCCCGCGCGGGAGCGCUGGCCGUCCAGUGGAAGCGCUUCCGAGGGAGGAGGAGGAGGAGG